UUUCUGUUUGUACAACGAUAAACUAAGCAUUAAUUGUCUUGAAUUGGUUUUCUUUUGAAUGAAAGGUAUUCAAAAUAUAAGUUGAGGUUUUGGAGUAGAUAUGGUGUUCCUCACCCUAAGCCUACAAUAUUUAUAGGCCUCAGCCCUUUGAUGAAAGAUGGUGUUGGAGAAUUUGACUUGAAAAUGCAUUCGACGUACGACAAAGUUGUUGGCAUAUACACGUACCACAAACCAUCCCUCCUGAUACUGGACCCGGAGCUAGCACGAGAUAUUACGAUCAAGGAUUUCUCAACCUUCCCGAAUAGAUCAGCUACUUUUAGGAGAGCAAACGAUAUGAAGGGAAGUCUUACCACACUAAAGGGAGACCAAUGGAGAUUCACGAGGAACACGAUUUCUCCGAUAUUUUCUUCUGGAAAAAUGAGAAAGAUGGCUCCAAUACUUGCACAGUCUUGCGCGAAUUUACUUAAGAAUGUUGAGAACGAAAUGCAUUCUGGACAUCCAAUUGAAUUCAGAAAAAUGUUUGGAGACUUUACAAUGGACGCAAUGGCCUCUAUUGGAUUUGGAAUCGAGUUGGAUUUAUAUAAAGAGAAGAGAAAUGAGUUUGCAAAACAUGGACAUGCACUAUUUGCUGCAUUCACAGGCUUAGGAGCACGUAUUAAUGCAUAUUUUCCGCCCCUAUACUAUCUAAUAUGUCAAUUAGGAUUCGACGUAGAUGGUCUAAACAAGGCAUGUGCAUACUUCAAACAUCUAGUGGAAGAAGCUAAGAAACUUAGAGGAAAUGACCAGGACAGAGCUGAUCUUCUUCAGCUCUUACUUAACGCACAUAAAGAUACUGAAGUUAGUGACACGGAACAAUUCCUAGAAUAUAAAGAUGACAAGGGUCAAUGGAAGAAAAGGGGACUUACAACAGAGGAAGUAAAUGGAAAUUCUAUCGCGUUUCUGACAGUUGGUUAUGGGACCACCUCUGUUACUCUGACGUAUAGUGCAUAUUGCUUAGCAUCAAAUCCAGAAUGCCAAGACAAACUGAUUUCCGAAAUAGAUUCAACUAUUGGACAGGAAGCUCCGGAUUAUGACAGCAUACAGAAGAUGGAGUAUUUAGAUUGUGUUGUAAAAGAAGCACUUCGUUUAAACCCACUGGGUCUAAGGAUCACUAGAGAAAGCCCUCAGGAUGUGGAAAUUGCAGGCUACAUUAUACCCAAAAAUACAGAAAUUGUGAUUCCUGUUUAUGCUUUUCACAGAAGUCAAAAAUACUGGGAGGAACCCUCCAAAUAUAACCCUGACAGGUUUCUUGUGAAAAACAAGUCUAAGCUGACACCAUAUACAUUUCUUCCGUUUGGACUGGGUCCCAGGAACUGUGUUGCUAUGAGAUUGGGUUAUAUGGAAACCAAAUGUGCCAUCGUGACUAUUCUACAGAAAUACAAAUUUGUGCCAUACGAGAAAAACGAGAUUCCGAUGGAAAUGGAUUCUAAAGGCCAUCAGAAGCCGAGAAAUGGGACGUUCUUGAAAUUGGAAAAAAGAUAGUCUCUCCCAGCUUAGAUUAUUGAAUCAAUAUUUUUUCUUCUGGCAAUUAUUACAAUAAACGGAAAUUUAUAUGGUGAAAAUUGUUUGAACAAUAUACAAGAAAUUCAAUAUGGAGGUAGGUCAGAUACAUUCAUCUCCACCUUUUAUUGAUAUUUUUCAAUAUUUUUGUUAUUAAUCGUAAAUAGUACAACAAACAAUAUUCAAACAAACAAAAACGUACACAUGUUUUUACGGUAGCCAAUGAUGAUGUAUAUCUACUAGAUAUAUGUUGAUGUGCUAAAUGUGCAAAAGAGACCCUCCGAAAAAAUGUGAUUAAAUCUUAACUGGUAGAUUGAUUUUUUUUUUCGCUUUACAAAAAUUCGUUUUUUAUACCUAUUUUAGGUUUGAUGUUUUAGGUUAUAAUUAAUCAGCCUUUGUCUAUUUUAGCAUAUAUUGUUUUUUUUCACGUUUUGUUAUAUUAUUUUUAAUUUUUAU